AUGCCCGCCGGCACAAUGUUUGCCAAAUUCAAGAGCACCAAUGUGGCCGCCUCCACAGCCACUCAAGCAGUCGCCGAUGGCAAUCCCAUUACGCAGUACUUCGAAAUCGGCAAGCCGGUGGCCUGUGCCGGCCCAGAAUUGGUGUGGCGCAUCCAUGAUGCGUACCGCAAGAGCGACAACAAGGAAUGUUCGGUGUUUAUAUUCGAGAAGAAAAUUGCGGAGAAGCUGCACAAGCCGCGUCGCAAGGAGACCAUAACGGAGCUGCUAAAGAGUUCGGUGAAGACACUGGAGCGCUUCCGCCAUCCGCGGAUACUACAAAUCUAUCACACGGUCGAGGAAAGUGCGGAUACGCUGGCCUUCGCCUCGGAGCCCAUCUUCGCCAGCCUCUCGAAUGUCCUGGCCUUUCACGAGUCGAAAACGUAUGAAGCGACCAACGUGGCGCCGGCGGCGGGUGGAGCAGCUGCGUCCCAGGCGCAGGCGGCAGCGAACACCUUGCCCCAGCGACCGGCCCAUGCCAAGGAAUACAAUUUCUUGGACAUGGAGCUGAAGUACGGCUUUCUCCAGCUGACCGAGGCACUGGCGUAUCUGCACUAUUCCGGUCACGUAAUUCAUCGCAAUGUGUGUCCAUCUUCUAUACUAAUAACCAAGCGCGGUAUCUGGAAGCUGGCCGGCAUGGAAUAUGUGGAGAGAAUGAAUGAGAACGAUUUGAACAGCUCCAUUCCGUGUCCGCCGUGGAGCAAUCGGGUGUCCAAGAUGGCCCAGCCGAAUCUUGACUUUAUGGCUCCCGAAACCCAGUCAACGUCCAAGUGCAGCUUGCUCAGCGACAUGUUCUCGCUGGGAAUGGUGAUCUGUGCGGUCUUCAACAACGGUAGGCCACUGAUUCAGGCCGGUAACUCCACCUCCAACUAUGCCAAGCAAAUGGAAACGCUGGAUGAUCUGGUCCACAAGUUGAUGCCCAGACUGCCAAUUGCCCUGCAGGAGGCCACUUCGCGCAUGGCCAGUCGGGAUGCAACCGCCAGGCCCACCGCCCAACUGCUGCAGCUCAUCAAGUACUUCAUCGAUACGCCCAUAAACGCUUUGAAAUUCCUGGACGUGGUCAACAUGAAGGACACGCAGCAGAAGUCCCAAUUCUACAAGACCACCUUGAUCGAGGCCAUGCCGAUGAUACCACGUAAACUCUGGUGGCAGAACAUCUGGCCGAUGCUCAAGUCCGAGAUCAACAAUAACGAGGUCCUUGCCGCAGUCCUGCAGCCGGUCAUGCUAUUUGUCCAGGAAGCCACGCUCACGGAAUACGACACCCUCAUGUCGGCCACCAUGAAAGUCAUCUACAAUACACCGAAAUCCAUUCAGGCCAGCGUUACAAUACUUGAGAAUUUGCAUUUGAUUAUCGAGAAGACGAAACCGGAGGAUGUCACCACAGAUAUAAUGCCCAUGUUGUUCUACUCCUUCGACGGAUCCACGAUACAAGUGCAGAGCGCCGCCGUGGUGGCCGUGGCCAAUGUGUUUGAUAGCAUCGAUGAGCUCUCCAUUCGCCGCAUGGUGCUGCCCAAGGUGAAGCAGGUGUUCGAGAAGAACAUAACCGAUCCGAAGAUUGUGCAGAACGUGCUGAUGUGCAUCGAACGGGUCAUGGACCGCAUGGAGCGAGCACAGGUCAUGGAUGAGGUUCUGCCGCUGCUGGCGAACAUUCGCAUUCCCGAUCCCGAUAUCAUCAUGCGUACUGUGCGCAUCUACCAUAAACUGUUUGUGGACAAAACCUACGGACUGACCGUGGAGACGAUGGCCACCAAUGUGCUGCCCCUGCUCAUUCCGCACACUGUGAAUCCUUCACUCAAUUUCGAGCAAUAUUGCUACCUGCUGGAGGUGCUGCAGCAAAUGCUGGAGGCCAUCGAUCGGCAGCAGAGGAACAAGUUGAAGCUGGACAACCUGUCGAUGGCCUCGCCGGAACGCCACCGCACCCUGCGACACCAGUUCUCCACGGACAACAUGAAUGCGCCACCCUUCAAUAUUCCCAACUUGCGUAUUGAUCAACGCAAGACGUCCAGUGCCGAGGAUAUGGCCCGCAAAAAUUCUGGCGGCUCCGGCAUGUUGGGCGGCUGGUGGUUCGGCUGCUCGCCCUCGUCGCCCGACAGCAAUUUCCUGCGCGUGGGCAACGUGUUCCCCAACCGGCGACUGUCGGACAACACGCUGAUGACCCCCAAGAUCCGGAUAGCUCCGUCGUGCGCCUCCUCGCCGGGCGGUACUCCUGGCAGCGGGCUGCCGACGCGACGCCACUCGAGCAUUGGGCCGCAGGAGCGGCGGGGAUCCACCAUCAAUUUGUCACCGCCAACUUACGGUGCUCGCGGUAGCUCUGGAUCGAGUCUAUCGGUGCCAUCCACCUCGGUCUAUGUUAAAUCUCCUUUAUUGUACUCCCAAAAACAGGGUGGCUCCAUGCCGAACACAUCCAGCAGUGUGCCAUUCCUGCUGUCAUCCAGCAUGCAGUCGAUAAGGUCGCGCCGCCAGUCCACCGUCCUGUCAUCGGGUCCACUCGGCUCCGGAUCGGGUCUACUGCAGCAGCUGGGAUCCGGAAUGGUAAGACAAUUAACUUCCGUAUCCGGUACGGUUAGCCCGGUGCCGCUGUUGCGGGUAAAUGGCACACGAAACAGCCACAGCAACGUCCGAAAGUGUCCGUCACUCAAUAUCACAUUCAGUCAAUAAUACGAUCUGAACGAAAUCGGCGAGGCUACGGCCAACGCCGAUUCCAGCAGAUACGGUUCAGCCAGCACCAGCAAUUUCAAUUACAAUACCGGCUACAAUUACGGCCCCCAAAGUUACGGGCCCCAAACAUACGGCCACAAUCUCAAUCAGAGCCUCAACAAUGUGCGUUACAAGGCCAAGCUGCGGAGCAUGAAUCUCAAUCUCAAUCCGCCACGGAACUAAACAGCCAAGUCUAUGAAACAAAAAAAAAAACAAUCAGAUCGAAACUAUAUAUAUUUGGGUGCCAUACACGCCAUAUGGCGCCAAAUCGAAGCGAAUGGAAGCAAAUCAAAAUUGAAAUGCAAGAGGGGCAGAGGGUAAAAUGUAGCAAAAACUAUAUACAUAUAUAUGCCAAAUCAAUGAAUGAUCGUACCUAUGUGAGACCUACUAUAACCUAGUCAUACGUACUAAUUACGCAAAUCUUGAUACUAAAACCAAUACAAUUACAAAUUAUCGAACUAAUAUUGAUAUAUGCAUACUAAUAGUACGAGUACACAACUGUUGUUUUUUGGAGAAUUUAUUCAAGUCCUGUAUUUGUAUGUACCAUAAGUGUUAAUGUUGAAACAUAUCUAAAAACGUAACGAGUUAUCCAACACAUAGCCCAAAUUGGAUACUCACAGCUACUACUUACCUUUAUUGUUGAUUGAUAUUAUUAAUUAUCUUAGUUGUUGAUUUUGAAUCCCUGCCCAGCAACGAAAAAGAGCAAAAACCAUAACGACAACGUGAUUUGUCAAACUCGAUUAGUCAUUGGAAUAUGAAAUUUUGAGAGAAACUGCAGAAUUUCCCACCCACAUACAAACACUGCAUGUUUGUGUGCUCAAAUCCUUUAUGAUUGUCGUCCUGAAAGUCGUCCUUGUAAAUCCAGCAAUAGUUUAGCCUAAGCACCUGCACUUUGAAUUUAUCGGCUUUAAGGACAUUAACCCAUCUACAGGGUAGUUAGUUCGAGUUCGGAGUAAUAUGAUAUAAUAGGAUAGUUACCAUUAGAAAACUAGCUUAAGUUAACACAGUUAAGUUGCCGUAUGUCGCGGAAAUCAAGGUAUAUUGCUUUUUUUAUUAUUAUAUUCCAUUUAUUUUCCAUUAAAGUUCAAAGAAUUAUAUUUGCUCUUUUCAAAGUUCAUAAAAAUAUUUUUGCAUGGUUUCCAAGUUUGUUCUUGUAAAUUAAUUUUGUUCAAUUUUCCAAAGUUUACUUGUAUUACAAAAUUAUAAAAACUAAAGUUAGGUAUGUGCCCUUUUUCGCGAAGAUCCAAAAGUUCUAAACACAAGUUGCAUGAUAAGAAAAAAUUGCUAACAGGAUUUUUUAGUUUAGGUUUCACUGGACUAAACAAAUAACGAAGUGCUGAAUCAUAGGUGAAACAAAUGCUUUUUCUGUAAAUUAAACUUAGAGCGACAGAAGAUGAAAUAGUAUAAAUAGAUCCUUUUGCAAUGCAUGCGCCUGCAAUUUUAUGAGUUCCUUUAUCCAAUUGUACAAUAUCUGUGGUGUUUCUAAGUGUUUUGGAAUUGACGUUUUCCAUGGCAUUCUGAAUGUAUCUGUACUACUUGACUUGCCAUUUUACUUUCUGCCCAUCUGAAGUGCACAAUAUAUAUACAUGUAUUCUGGAAAUACAAAAUACAACUGAGAAAUGAGAUAUACAACAGAGAGAACGAAAGCUGAAUACAAAUCGAAUUAAGCUGCUGAUCACGGAGAUAUUGUAAUAUAUAUAUAUAAAAAUCUACAUAUAUAUAUAUGCACACAUACAUAUGUGUAAACUUGAUUGAUUGACUGACACUGAAGGCUUCAGAAGGCUGCUAUACCUGCUCUCGUGCAUACCUACUAUAUCGAUCUGAACUAUAUGAAUCUGUUAACUGACUUACCAGAUCUUUGUAUGCAUUUGUAUUGUAUUUUACUCUACUACGAUUAAGUCGAAUUUAUGCGAAUUUAUUGUAACUGUUUAAUGUACACUUGGCUAAUGCACAAUCAGUGUUGCUUUGAACUUUGACCUUCGACCCACAACCCAAACACCACCCCCCACCCACCACCAACACGCUUUUGCAUUUGAGAUUUUUUAUUUCGCUUUCGCCGUACUUAUGAUUAUGAUUCUACUUCGAAAUGUGCCUUAAGAGUUCAAAGGUUCUCGCAUUCCAAGUGCGUAGUGCGUAGAUUGUGCGACAAAUCUUAAAGAAUAUAUACAUAUAUAUACAUUGUAUAACUAACCUGAUGAGAUCGAAGAAGAGUAGCUACCGAUACCUAGACAAGCGCUGAAUGGAGGUGAGAGGUCACCGGAAACUCAACCUCCCCUCCCCCCCUGUGAACACCCACACUCAUCCACAAUUGUACCUUAGUAGUAGUUUUGUAGUCACCCACAUUUCCGGUGCAAAUCCGACACACAGACACACGUACACCUAGCCCUAAGUGGAUCCUAGAUAGAUGUUCGUAGUUUGCAUUGCGUAACCAGUUGAACCCGAUAUAUAUAUAUCUAUAUAUAUAUCUAAAUGUAUAUGUAUGUCUACAUCAGAUCCCAGAUACUCCAACCCGCCAAAACCGGAAAUAGGAUCCAAAACCUGAGAUUCGAAUCGAUGCAUGACCACCGAACCCGAUGUUUGUCCCAACUAUUUUGCUAAAACAUAUAUAUAUAUAUUACUCCUUAUAAUACCAGUGUAUUGUGUGUGCCCCUUCUCUCUUCUUGUCUCCAAUCAUUUGGUGUUUUUUCCCGUAUUCGUAUUCGUAAUACCCGUAAUAUACGUUUUAUCCGUAACGGAGUGCGAGAUACUUCGAAACCAAGUAGCUUCAGCAGUUCCCAAUCUAUUUGCCCAGUAGCUAGAUAAUACCUAAUUGUGUAACAAUAACAAUAACAAUAUCAAUAACAAUAGCAAUAGCCUAUGUAUGUAUUUUGAAAAUCGUUUGAAGCCGAACAACCAGAUUGAUGGUCUAUUUAUCUUGCAACUAACUCUAUUACAGUAUCAACUAUUCUCCGGACGUAACUAAAGAUACAGAAACGCAAUCAGAUAAAUACAUUCAAAAGAAUCCAAUUACUUUUUAAUGCAAUUUCGGUCCAUUUAUGAAACACUAGUAAUCAACUUAUAUUAGCGGUAUAAAUACAUUAUAUGAAAUUAUGAAAAUUGUAAACGUAUACCAAGCGCAAGCAUAACUAAGUAUUUUCAGUCGAAUCUCUAAAUGUUGUUAGCCAAUCAAAUUUGAUGUGACCAAAGCAACAUAUUUAAACCCAAAUUAAUUGUAAUUUAUCUAAAAACCAAAGUGUCAAACACAACCCAACACAAUCACCACAAGAACACGAACCACAUAAAAAAACCAAUGAAACACUAUGCAGAAUGCAAUCAAUUCCUAGAAAUCCUAACUAUUCUCGAAUAUAUAUUUAUUGUGAAUGUUUACGCUAGGCAAAAAAAAAAAAAACAAAAAUAUGUCAAAUAUAUACCUCUAUGUGUCAUUGAACUCGCCUAUAUCAUCAUAGUUUAUCAUAUAUAUAUAGUUUAAACCAUAUCACACUGCAAGAGAUACAGAAGUAAACAUAUAUUGUCUAUUAAUUUUGCAAACAUCAAUCACAGAUCACUUUUUCGAUGAUAAAGAUAUGCAAUCAACUAAGGGAGAAUCGUGUACCUACAUACAUCGUACCUAGCACCAUAGAAACCAAACUUAUCACAGAGCUUUACAGCAAUCGCAAUCAAAAAAAAAAGAAAAACUAAUCAAUAUGAAUAACCACGAAUACGAAAGGGACGUUUAUUGUUUGGCCAAGAACCUCGAGAGAUCCCGCCUGCGCUUUAUAGUGACGAAUCCCACAUAAAAUCUAUGUAUAUUCUAUACCCAUCAUUCAAUCCAUCAUAUAUACACACUCUGAUCAACCGGAAUAGAUAGCUCCAAAAAGAAAAAAACACCCAAAACUACUACUAAGGUGAAUACACGAAUCCAAUCCAAGGUCCACCGAUCCGAAAUAGAACCAGAGCCAGUAGUUACUGAAGCCGCUGUACCCGAAGGCAAUCUCAAUCUCAAUCUCAAAUCUCAAUCUGAAUCUCACAUUUAUAGUCAAUUUGUAUAGUUGGGCAGCUAUAUGUGGUAAAAGUGUGGUAAAUGGAAAUGGUAAACUCUUGAAACUUUAUACACUUUAUAGUGAAGACUCAACUGUGUCAUAGAUGUAUUCAUUACGUAAACGGCAAUUAAAGCGAUUAUUAUUAUUGUUGUGCUACGUUUAGCGGAGUAGAAGUGAAACCCGAAUAAAAUAUGAAUUUAUAUAUGUAUACAAAAGCAGCAGCAGCAGGACGAACUCUAUCUAGGACACGUUGAAAACUACUCUACUUUAUAUACACAUACUCGAAAUGAUAUGAAUAACACUGAAUUACACGAACGGGAACGGGACAAUCAAAAUUCAAGCGACACUUAAACUAAUUCUAUAUCAACUAACUAAUUCUAUCAACUAACAAACAAUUGCAAUUUUAAGUUACGUUGUUGUCGUUCGUUGUGUUUGUUCGAUUCGUUGGAUCUGCGUUUGGUCAAUGCCAGCUAAUCUGAUCCUGAAACUCCAGCAUAUCCUUGCCAUGCACCUGAAACUGCUUUGCAUUUUGUUCGGUCCGAAUUUGUUGUUUAUUUCACCUUAGACAAGCAUAUCGAUAUGGUUUACUAGCGUUUAAUUGUACGUAUACAUAAUUAGAUUUACUUAAUUUUAAUUAAUGUUUACGCGACAAGACAGAAAACUAAGCACAAGAAAACAAAAAAAAUAAAAAUUAAAAAAUUAAAAACAAAAUCUAAAUCAAAGAAAAAGGGGAAAACCAAAAGCUCAAACUGGACUGAACAUUUAAGAGUUAUAUUAUGUACAUUAUUGAAUUGCAUUUGAUUGUGUGAAGAUCGUUUUAGUGCUAGUAACUGCGCCUAAAACUAAAGGGUAUUACAUUUGUAUUCGAAUUUGUAUGUAAUUCUGAUCGUAUGUACGUUAUGUUAUCGUAAGUGUACCAUCCUAGAUCCUCUAACGAAUUGAAUUGAAAUGAAGCCAACUCUGUCUCUUGUGAUUCUAUUGUGAUGCUAUGGGAGUCAAGCAGCACUCAACUGUUUUUACGCCUCUUAAAGUUUAAAACAAAGCUAAUCGUAGCAAAACCAAAACUAAACUACCUAUCUCUACACUAGUCUAUGCAAUGCUAAUUGGCAGCCCCAACUAUUGAAAACAAUCAUGCACAAUAAAUGUUAUGCAAUUGAGAGAAUCCAAGGCCAAAGACCCACAACUUUUUCUUACACUACUCGAAGUAAUUGUGUACAACUAAAGGAAUUCUAGAUUUUAAAUGUGCUAAAACUGUUUAUAGUCAAGUACUUAAUUAUGAGUGUAAUUAUCGAAUAUUAAUACGUACACAGGUUGGGGCAUUUGGCAUAGUAAUACUAAUGUAUAAACGUGGGAUCGAUGAUCAAUUGAUGAUGAUGGAGCGGUGCAAAUGCGUGUGACAAUGUACGUAUGUAACAAACAAUUGAAUUUAAAUGUUUAAUAAAUGUGUGGAAAUGAAUAAA